CCGGCGUCGGCUAUUAAAAGCACCGUUUAGUGGAGACGAGCUCUCUGGAGCCGCCACGUCUCACCGAUCAUAUACUACGACACCUCCUCUUUUUAAUUUCCUUCGCUCGUAAUUCUUCAUUCUUCAUUCUUCUGUCUUGGUGAUCGCUUUAGCUAUCUCUGUCUUUGUAUUUCCCGGGAAAAAAAAUAUGGGUGAAGAAGCUCGAGUUUUAGGUAUUGAGAGCAGAGAAGAGAACGCGACGGGGAGAAACCAUGACUCGGUAGUAGAUUUAUACCCGCUUAGUAGCUACUACUUCGGUUCGCGAGAAGCUGUUCGCGUCAAGGACGAGAUGAUCACUGAUCGUGUCGCCAGAUUGAAAUCGAAUUACGCUGCUCAUGGUUUGAGGACUUGUGUUGAAGCUGUUCUUCUGGUUGAGUUGUUCAAGCAUCCUCAUGUUUUGCUUCUUCAGUAUAGAAACUCCAUCUUCAAGCUUCCUGGUGGUCGUUUGAGACCCGGUGAAUCAGAUAUUGAAGGUCUGAGACGCAAACUUGCUUCAAAGCUUUCGGUUAACGAGAAUGUUCUUGUUCCGGGUUUGGAGGUGGGAGAAUGCAUUGGGAUGUGGCGGAGACCAAACUUUGAAACAUCCAUGUAUCCAUUCUUGCCACCCAAUGUGAAACAUCCAAAGGAAUGCUUAAAGCUUUUUCUUGGGAGACUAGCGCUACAUCAGCAGUUUGUCGUGCCUAAAAACUUCAAACUCCUCGCUGUUCCCUUGUGCCAAAUCCAUGAGAAUGAAAAGACUUAUGGACCGAUCAUAUCGCAGAUUCCCAAGCUUCUUUCCAAGUUCUCAUUCAACAUGAUGGAGAUAUGAUAGAACAAAAACCUCCUCGCCGCUAGUAGUGCUUGCGAUAUAAGAUUAUUAUAUGUUGGUGAAAUCUUAGUGUGUGAUUGAUACUACUAAUGUACCCUAAAAAGCCUGAUAUUUUGUUCAUUAGAGCGUGGUUAGUAGACAUGAAGUAUAAUGAUAGUGGUGUUUAGUAUUAUAGACUUAAUUAGUCAGAUGAAUGAGAUGUGUAAAACAAAUAGAGACAUGUAUGCUUAAUUCCUUAUAUAUGUUUUUCCUUGUAAAUAAAGUUACAAGAACAUAGAUAUAUGUAUAAAGAUGGUUAUGUUUGAAAA